CAGGACACCAUGUCGCUCUCAGUGCUGAGCUCUGGGCUGUCCCAGCGCAUGUCUGAGCAGAGCAGAGUGGCAGGCCAAGCCAGGGGCCUGUCCACUUCCAGCCCUGUGGGGGGCCCUGGGGCCAGCGCCUUUGGCUUCGGAGCUGGGGGGUUUUGCUGUGCUGGGGGCUUCUCUGCUGCUUCCGUGUUUGGGUCCAGCUCUGGCUUCUCUGGUGCCUCUACGUGUUCGCUGGCCAGGGGCCUGGGCACUGGUCACGGGGGACCCUUGGGAGGUGGCUUCAGAGGGCUGGGAAUGGCAUUUGGGGACAGCCCAGCAGGUGGCUCUGCAGGUAUCCUCGGUGGCAAUGAUGGAGGCCUUGUUCCUGGGUCAGAAAAAGCCACCAUGCAAAAGCUGAAUGACAGACUCGCAUCCUACCUGGAGAAGGUUCGAGCCCUGGAGGAGGCCAAUGCUGACCUGGGACAGAAAAUCCGAGACUGGUAUGAAAGGCAAGGAAGUGGGGCCAGGGACUCCUCAUCCCAGAACAGUUACAGUAAAUACUACCCACUGAUCGAGGACCUCAGGAACAAGGUCCUCUCUGCCAGCAUCGGAAAUGCCCAGGUCAUCCUGCAGGUGGACAAUGCCAAGCUGGCCGCCGAGGACUUCCGAAUGAAGUAUGAGAGUGAGCUGGCCCUACACCAGAUGGUGGAGACCGACAUCCACGGGCUGCACAGGGUGCUGGAUGAGCUGACCCUGCCCAGGGCUGACCUGGAGAUGCAGAUUGAGGGCCUGAACGAGGAGCUGGCCUACCUGAAGAGGAACCACAAGGAGGAACUCCAGAGCAUCCGAGCCAAAGGCCCCAGGGAGAUCAGUGUGGAAAUAGACGCGGUGCCGGGUGUGGACCUCACCAGGCUCCUCAACAACAUGAGGGCACGGUUCGAAGUCCUCACAGAGCAGAACCGCAAGGAUGCAGAGGCCUGGUUUGUGGAAAAGAGCGGGGAGCUCCAGAAGGAGAUCAGCUCCAACACCGAGCAGCUGCAGUCCAGCAGGAGCGAGGUCACCGACCUGCAGCGCGCCCUGCAGAGCUUGGAGAUCGAGCUGCAGUCUCAGCUUGCCCUGAAGAAAUCCCUGGAGGACUCGCUAGCGGAGACCGAGGGCGGCUACUGCAGCCAGCUGUCCCAGGUGCAGCAGCUCGUGGGCAACCUGGAGGCGCAGCUGCAGCAGGUGCGAACCAACGCCAAGUGCCAGGGUGCUGAGCACCAGCGGCUGCUGGACGCCACAGCCCGGCUGGAGCUGGAGAUCGAGACAUACCGCCGACUGCUGGAUGGGGAGGCCGCGGGUGAUGGUUUGGAUGAAAGCUCAUCUGUAACAGUCUCCAACUCUCAAGCUCAGUCCAUUGAUUCUUCUAAAGAUCCAAAUAAAACCCGAACAAUCAAGACAAUUGUGCAGGAGGUGAUAAACGGAGAGGUGGUCUCAUCCCAAGUUCAAGAAAUUGAAGAAGUGAUGUGA